GCGUAUCACAGCGUAGAAAUCAUCAAUAAAGUAAUGGUUCAUGAGAUUAUCUGUGCAACUACGUCAUCUUACGCACCGCGGUUACGAUGAUGCGAGAACCAAAAUCUAGCCCGUACAAACACAAAAGGCCUAAUUUUCCGAAGGAAGAGACCACUGAGAUGAGUCUUUUGAGUAAAGUGAUUAGAAAUGACGACAUGCAAAAUAUUACUAAAGAAUUUGCCAGACUCAAAGACAGAUGCUACUUGGAAAAUACUGGAGCAACAUUGUAUCCGAAAUCGUUAAUCAAAAUAGUUAAUGAGGAUUUGAUGCAAAAUAUUUACAUGAAUCCUCAUACCGAUAAAUACACGAAAGACUGCAUAGAACAAAUAAGAUGCUUAAUUCUUAGACACUUUAAUACGGAUCCCACAACAUACUCCGUAGUGUUCACCUCUGGGACCACACAGUCUUUGAAAUUAGUAGCAGAAUCUUUUCAAUUUACUAGUGAACAAAAUGAAUCACUACAGGGUUCCUUUGUUUAUUUGAGAGAUAACCACACAUCAGUUCUUGGUUUAAGAGAGAUUGCUGCUGAUAAAAAUGCAGAUGUUGUACAUGUCUCACAUCAAGAAUUUUUGAACUCGUUAUGUGGCGAUGCUGUUACAUCAACAAAAUUAAAAGCGAAACACAAAAAUAAAGGCAACGCUCUUUUUGUUUAUCCUGCUCAAAGUAAUUUUAAUGGUUUCAAAUAUCCCCUUGAGGCAAUUGACAAAAUAAAAAAUGGUUACUUAAACCUGUACAUGAAGAAACAUAUAGGUAAAGGCAGUAAUAAUUGGUACGUUUUAUUAGACGCAGCGUCAUAUGUGGCCACAAAUAAAUUAGACUUGGGGAAGAGGCAACCUGAUUUUGUUUGCUUUUCAUUUUAUAAAAUAUUUGGGUAUCCGACUGGUCUGGGGGCGAUUUUGAUCAAAAAUAGUAGCGCUGACGUUUUGAACCAAAAGAGAUAUUUUGGCGGCGGAACAGUCGAUGUCGUUCUAACCAGUGAAGACUUUCACGUGAAAAGGGAAACUCUUCAUGAGAGAUUCGAAGACGGCACUGUGCCAUUUUUAUCAAUUAUAGCGCUAAAGCAUUGCUUUGAUGUGCUGCAUACAAUGAUACCAAAGGUUAUAAAUAAUGAUGUGAUGGAUACAAUAUCUUAUCACACGUUCUUUUUGGCCCAAGAUUUGUACUACCAGCUUAACAAACUUGAACAUGGAAAUGGAGUUAAAGCAGCCGUUGUAUAUGCUGAUACCGAUUUUAUGGAUAUAGAUAUGCAAGGAGCCAUUGUAACUUUUAACCUUAUGAGAGAUGACAAGAGCUUUGUUGGAUAUGCAGAAUUUCAAAAUCUAGCAGAUCUUUUUAGCAUUAACGUCAGAACAGGAUGCUUUUGUAAUUCGGGUUCCUGUCAGAGACAUCUAAAGGCAACCAACAAAGAAAUGAAAGAGAUGUACAAAGCGGGACAUAAAUGCGGCGACGAUUUUGAUUUAAUUAACGGUAGACCAACUGGCGCCAUAAGAGCCUCGUUUGGCUAUUACAAUACGUAUGAUGACGUGGACAAACUAAUGCAAAUGAUUUGCAGAUGCUUUGUUGCUAGCAAAUUAAAUAAACCUAAUCGUACUAUGUAUAAUCAAUACGAAAAUAGAAAGUUAAGCAACAUUUCGGCUGCAAUCCCACUAACUCCAACCAGUAGUUCAUUUGAUAUAUUUAAUAACCAAAAAUAUCUAAGAAUAUUCAAUUCAAAUCAAGGACAGAAGCCUCCACAAAUAACCCCAACAAGUAAUGAGAUAGUUUUAACAGAAAUUACUAUUUUUCCCAUUAAGUCGUGUGGAGCUUUUAAAAUAAGAACAGCGUGGAAAAUUGGACCAAAAGGAUUUGAUUUUGAUAGAGAAUGGAUGAUUGUUAAGGACAAUGGCGUUUGCUUGACCCAAAAACAAAAUCCACGCAUGUGUAUGAUUUGUCCAAAAAUAGACCUGAAGGAGAAAAUGCUAAUUUUAAGUUUUAAAGGCAAGUCAUCUAUUGCUGUUCCUCUUGAAACAAAAAUUGACAGUCCUCAAAAACCAGCCGCACUUUGCCAUACCAAAGUAUGUAGUGAUAUUGUAAACGGUAUUGAUUGUGGUGACGAAGUGGCAAACUGGAUAUCGGAAGCUCUAGAAGUAUCAUAUUUGAGACUAAUCAGACAGUCCGAAAGUGACAAAAGAAUGCAAAAGAAAAAAAAAGAAGAAGAGAAGAAAUUGCUAUCUUUGAGCAAUCAAGCUCAAUUUCUAUUGAUAAACAGAACAACAGUGAAAUGGUUGAGAGAUCAAAUCAAGGAUCCGACAUUUACCGAUGACUUAGAUCAAUUAACGAAUCGCUUUAGAGGCAAUUUGAUGAUAGAUACAGAGCACCCAUUAGUAGAAAGAGAAUGGGAAAGUUUGAAUAUAGGAAAACAUGAAUUUAAGGUUGAAGGACUUUGUCCUCGCUGUCAUAUGGUCUGCAUUGACCAACAAACUGGAGAAAAGACCGUUGAACCCUUAAGAACAAUUUCUGAACAAUUUGGAGGUAAAAUCAGGUUCGGGAUUUACAUGACGUAUGUUGGAACUGUUGAUGGUUCCAAAGACGGCUUCCUGAAAAACUAUGCAUCAAUAAAAGCUUUUACUGCCGUCGAAGAUAUAAGCAGAUGAAAUUUUACACGAUGAUGUACUUAAAAAGUAGUAGUGGUAAUAGUAUCAACACACCAUCAUUUUUUAAGUCUAUUUACGCUAAAUUAUUUUUAUUCUAAGAACGGAGAAAAUAUUCCUUAAACUUUUAACAUCUAUUAUAAUAUUGACAUAGGGUACACUAAAGAGCACAUCAAGCUUGACACUUUGGAGUGUUCUUGUCGAAAACGGCAUAGAGUUGAAUUCAAAUGUAUUUAUUAUGUACAAUUUAACGAAACAUAACCCAAAAUUCAAAUUGCUCAUGGGGUUAUUGUCACUUGUAUGUGAACAAAGAAUGCUACAAUUUGGUGACGUUAUUUAGAUUUGAGGGAAUAUUUUUGCCUUAUAGCUAAUUUAAUUGAAAACAACCACGUGAUAGAUUAUAAGAAACUAUUGGGGUUGUGCAAUGCUUAGUAAUGAUAUAAUAUGUAUGAUAUGCGCUUGAACCGUAAUAAUAUGGCCAGAGAACUUGGACUAUUAUGAUAAACUGCCUUGCAUACCAUGGGCCAAACUUAAAAUGGUGUCAUUGCUCGUUUAAACCUAUCUUAAUUCAAUAAUAUUUGUUUAUCACCACUGAAUGAUUCGGAAUGGGCAUUAAACCUAUAUAAACGUAUUAUUAAGUAAACUUCUUAUUUAGUAUUAUUUUUCACUUAAAUGUAAAUGCAUAUACCGUAGAUAUUAUGUUAUUACAGUUAUUAGUUAUAUACUAAUGUGUAGGUAGGUAGUCGACGUAACGUGUGUAUAACUUAAAACACAUACGACAACGCCAGUCCCCACUCCAAAGACACCUUGAGCAAGAGAAGAAAUAGAUUAAAGAUAUUGGUAACAUCCACAACCGAAUUAUCCCUAAAUGACCAAUAUUAUUUUUGACUUCUAACAUCCAUUAUCAAUGUUUUUAACUAAUUAAUAGUUCAGUCCCUUUAUAUAUGCACCUAAAUGUAUUCUAGCACUAUUUGUUUGUCGUGGUUAUCCACUAUUUGACGUACGUGGGUAAUAUUUGUAGAAAGAAAUAAUCUGUGCGUUAAAUACGCAUAGAAUAACGUUGUGUUGUGUGAUAUUUCAUAAUAGGCACGUAUUAUGUUCUGUAUAUUUAAAAUACAUAUAAAAAGUAUAAUAAGUACAUUAUGUAACAGACCAUACCCAUAAUCUCAUCCGGCAAGGUUUGUCAAUAAUAAUUUUCAGUAGUACAACCACUUAUACUAACUUUAACUAAACCUUUUUAUAUUGCAAUAAAAUCUUUGUGAAAUUCGUUGCUUUACACAUAUUUCAUUCACAGGUCAUAUUUUAUUAUAAAGUUUAAGGACUGGUUUUACAUGUAUUCUUUACGUUACUGUACAGCUACGUAAAAAGAUUAAAAAUAAACAUAUUUGUAAUAGACACAAAAUAAUAUACCUAUCUUCUGAAAUGGGAUUAUUCUAUACACGUGAAUGAUCGUUACGCGAUACCAAAGAUGAAGUCACACAGAUGGAUUCUAGAAGAUUAGGAAAUUUCAUUGACGACCUCGAUAGCCCAACGGCUUGCAUCGUAAGCGCUGGAUGAGGAGGUCCUGGAUUCGAUUCUCGAAAGAACCAAUUCGGAAAAUGAACUAUUCUAUAUUGAAUCCAGCCUGAGUAUUCUGGAUAGUGCCCGGGAGUGAAUUCCUUUGCUCUGGUAAUCAUAGUAUAGGGAAUUCCUUAGUUUGAGAACAGGUACUAUCAUUAUUAUUAGACUAAUUGUUAUUAUUUCUCAAUUUCAAAUACUGUGCGAUGUAAUACUUAUGCAAGAUUUUAAGAAGUUGACUAAGGUAUAACAUUUAACUUUUUUGUUGUAAUCUUUGGUCAUGGCUCUCCAGUGACCACAUUUUUUGUGCACUACAUUUAUUAAGUCUUAAAAUAUUAUACUGUUGAGAUAUUCCGUUCAGUUUUGCCCGCAAAACAUUCCUUGCCAAACGGGGCUGAACGGGGAUUUGAACCCCAUACCAAUAUAAUAUAAUAAUAUGAGUUAAGUAAUGUUACGUAGCAACUUGACGUAUAUGGCAAUGGUAUCGUUACAUUUGAGACACACAGGUUAUAAUUUAGGUGACUUUCUAUUUUGGGUGACUUUACAAUAUUAAUUUUGAAAGAAAUAUCCUUAUAGACUUACCAACUUGAAAAUGUGCAACUGAAACGAUAUGUUUGUUAUUAUGAAUAAGAUAUUUCGAUUUUAAUUUACUUACCUAGUUAAUAUCGUUGUGCUGAAUUGUACAUCAAAGUUCACGCUAAUUAUUUAUUUAACUAUUCAACGUCUAACA